AUGGAUAAGAAUAUUGUAGAGAUGGUGGUUGAUAGAUCAGAGGAGCCUCAGAUGAAGACAAACGCUGCAACUCUUACCACUGAUGGUGAUGCUAGGUCGGACCAGUUUCCCAAAGUGACAAUCGAAGUUAAGGAUUCUUCUGCAUUUAUAGGUGAGGAUGAUGAAGGCUCUUUUGAGGAUCAAGGUGUAUUUAUAGAAAAACUAGGCACCUUUUACCGGGAGAAGGCGGUAGAACUCAAACUACCUAGGUUUUAUGGUCAUCGGCUUAAUUGCCUAAAGUUAUGGAGAUCUGUGAUCAAAUUAGGUGGCUAUGAUCAGGUAACUGGAAAAAAAUUAUGGCGUCAAGUGGGAGAGUCCUUUAAUCCCCCCAAGACUUGCACUUCUGUUUCUUGGACAUUCCGUGGUUUCUAUGAGAAGUUACUUCUCCAAUACGAAAGGCAUAUGACACAAAUUGGAGAGCUUCAACUUCCUAUUGCUCCUUCUCCUGUUGACAAUGAGUAUAUAUAUAUAUAUACAUAUAUAAACAAAUAUGAACUAUUUGAAGUAAUUCUGCAGGGAAGUGGUUACCAAAUUUCUGCAUCAGGAAGGCCAGUAAGAGAUUCCGCUGCUCGUUGUAGGCUAGGCUGGCAGGAGCAACACCUUCUUGAUUAUGGUGAGGUUGCUGAGCCAAUUGUAAAGGAUGGGAGUGCCUACAAUACACCAAAGCGUGCAAAGAGUCGCAAAACUAGUGGCUCUCUUAAGCACCAGGAAAAAAAAGAAGCGGAUCAGCCAACGAAAGCUGCAGAAACAGAAACUUUUAAGCCGUUGGAUGUACAAGUUGUUGAUGUCGGACCCCCCGCUGAUUGGGUGAAAAUCAAUGUUCGUGAAACAAAUGAUUCCUUUGAGGUCUAUGCACUGGUUCCUGGGCUUUUACGGGAGGAGGUACGGGUUCAAUCUGAUCCAGCUGGUCGCCUGGUCAUUACUGGUCAGCCAAACCAACUUGACAAUUUGUGGGGUGUUACUGCCUUCAAGAAGGUGGUCAUCUUACCUGCUAGAAUUGAUCAUCUUCGGACCAACGGUGAUGUCACCCUUCAUGGGUGUCUUCACGUUCAUAUGCCCUUUGCGAAGCAAAAUCUCUGAGUCAACAAAGCAGGAGCAUUUGUA